AUGAAUCCAAAGUUAAAAGCAGCUUUUACUCAGAUGAAACCAGUAUGCGAUAAGUUGAUGAUAAAUCCUACACCAGAGAACAUCAAAGAUUACUUAGAACUGAUAAAUGACCUGAAAAGGGAGUACUUGCAAGAUUUACAACAGUAUUUGCUGUUCCCCAUAAUUUCACAUUUACAGUCAAAGGAAAUGGAAGGACGACAUGAAGUUCAAAGAUUUUUGCUUAUUGCCAUGAAGGUGAUUUUAGAUAAAAUAAAUGUUGUGAGCUUUGAACUGUGCAUUAAGAUUGAGAUGACUUUAGCUGUUUUAGCAUUUGAUAAAAAUAAACCAGGCAUGAUUGCUGAAAUUCCGGAAGAAAUGAAACUAACUGCAAUACAGUGUAUGACCUCUCUCAUGUUGAAUAUAGAAACACCACUAAGAUUGAGACUGAUCAAAAGUCAUGCCCCUCUGUUAGCUCAAGCGAUAUUCGUAUCCGUGCACAUGGCCAAACUAGAAAAGUUCAGAAUACUUAGGCUUGCUGCUUUAGAAAGCCUUUUAGCACACACAAGUAUGCACUCAAAACUCACAGAUGCAACCUGCAUGAUUACUGACCCAGUACUCGAAGAAGCCGUAGUACAAAUGCUAUGCUGUAUUUUGCCUGGUGUUCUGGCAACUUUACAAGAUGUGGCAAUGUGUCCUAAUAAUCCUGGCCAUGCAGUAAUUGUGAUGGCUUUAAAUGCUACACACCGGAUAAUGUGUAUGACAAUGAAUGACAAGCAUUUGAAAACCAGCUCAACGGUAACAGUUGCCGAUAUCAUGAAAGUGAUCAAGGAGAAGGAAAGUGCUAAUUAUGUAAGCAAGGCUAAAACAUCACAGCUUCCAAAACUUAGCAAGGAAUGGUUCGAAAUGGCGGGUGAGAAGUUGGAAGCUGUUAUGCGCAGUUUGGUGCGAUUGGGCGCACACGAGCAUUAUAAAGUCAGAAAAGAGCUCUCUGUAUUGUGCUACAGGGUGCUCUCUGAGUGCAAUAGCACAAUGCAGCCAUCAAUAUCAAUGUGUCUCGAUAUUUUGAUCUCUUUAUCGAGUGAUUCAUAUACUCAAGUGGCGAAUUACUGUUCACAUGCACGUGCGCAGUAUUUCCGCAACGCAUCACCGAACUCUGUCCUUAAUGCUAUGGACAGCCUCACAAGGAAUCUGUUUAUGGUGCUCGGAUCUUUGCCCAGGAUACUUAAUAAUAUUGACUCAGCCCGUAAACUGGCCUCUUUAAACCUCUUGGAAGGUUAUGUAGAACUGCUAAGUGAAGGCAGCUCUCAACGCCUAACCAGUAUUCUGUCUUCGAAUGAGGGCUACAGCAAACUCUGUGACUCUCUCGCCUCUGCUUCGGCUAUACAAACAGACUUGGCACUACUGAAUCGUCAUGCUGCUAGGGAUGUGACAGCUACGCCUCCAAUAGACUCCCCCUGGUGCAAAUUUCGUCACCUGGACAACAAAGAAUGUAUCACCAAGUUCCAAAGGAUCUGCCUUCUCCUCGGUGAGACUGAAUGUGGACAGCUCAUCCUGGAUACACUCCUGGACACCUUCAGGGAGAGAAGGGACUGUGAGCUUCUGUUUCUAAUGAAUUUAAUGGCUUCGGCUCCCAAAUCGACCGACUCGUUGGCCAAACGCGUGAUAGACGCGUACAUUGAGGAGGAUAUUUGGUAUUUACCGCUAGAAGUCGCUAGUGAAGCACCAAUCACGGAUGAAGAGACCCUAGAUAUAUCUGUUUACAACCCUCGGGCCUGGGAUAAGGAUAAUGUACCUGGUCUCUUCGAAGGCGCCACAGAGACCCGUUAUACAGACAUAAGCUAUUUGACCCCCCGUACUCAAAUGGUUCCAACCGGAUGUCGAACCCUACGCCAGGCUCAGCACAACAUGGUGCAGUGCUGCCUCCUCACUGAAGGUCUCGGGUUGAUGGCCCGGCGAUUAGGAAAAGACUUCCAGCCCUACUUAUUGAAGACUUUGUGCUUGGUGCUCGAAAGAGUUGGCAGCAGAUAUGAGAUGUUGCAUCUGUCCGGUGUGAAAGCGAUUAAUGAGAUAAAAUCUGCGUGUGGGAAUACGACUGUUGGGGAAUUGAUUGCGCAUAAUGCGGAUUAUUUUACGCACCAGAUCACGAGGAGGCUGAAAAAGGCCUGGAACACACAGUCGGCCCUUGAGAUUUUGUCUGUCGUAAUGGAAUACAGCGAUAGCACAAUACUGGAAUAUAUGUAUGGGAUUGUGGAAGAUGUACUACUCCAAAGCUGCGAUAAAUACUACCAAAAGAAUCUCUACUCAUACCUACAAGUCUUUCACACAUUUGUCUCGUGUAUAUACAAAUGGUUCCCACACAAACGCACAGAAAACGAGCACACAGAUACGAAAGAUGUACUCGAUGACGUUUUAGAGUAUAUAAAGAGCGAGGAGGAGGCACAGAGGGCGAUAAAUGAGAGUGAAAAGGAUGGCAGGAGCGUGGAGGAAAUGUUUAAUGAGGAUUUGGAAAGGACGGAGAAUGACGCAUUGGAUUAUGAUGAUACGGUGACAAAAGAAAAGCCUCCACUACCAAAACACAUAGAGGUAACAAUAACAAUCCUCAAACGAUGCAUCAACUUUGUGCCAGCGAAAAACCGGGACGACGCCAUCUUGACCUUACAAAUUUUGACCCUGGGUUUGCCUGUUAUAAAGGAUUAUGAGGACGAGUUGUUGCCUUUGGUUCAUCAAACUUGGGGUCCGUUAGUAACAAGAUUCGAAGACACUGACACAGCGGUUCUAAGAAGAGCUUUAGAUGUUCUGGUCACAUUGGCAAUGCUCUCCAAGGAUUUCAUUCGGCAUCGUACUUUGAAGGAAGUUCUACCAAAACUAUACAAGCAGCUUCACACGCUGUCAACAGAAAGUCAUUUGAAAGACACAGGAUCAAGUUACCGACUUUCCCCCCCUUUUCACCUCCAAAUAGCUGCUCUGACUGCGCUUGCGCCGCUCACUACUGAGUUACGCCUGUCCGAAGACGAUUUAGAAGAAGCUAUGAAGUGUGUUUCCGUAUAUUUGUCUAGGAAACAACCAAAACCGCUGCAGGCCCUCGCCAUACAGUUCUUUAAAACGAUCUUGUCAUACAACUUCGGCGCAGCGUGGCUCCAUUUACGAGGAUUUUGUAACAACUCAAAUGUAAUCCAACCCCCUAACAACAAAUUCAUAAAGCUCGCUGAAAUUAUUGGAACUCCAUAUGAAUGUGAUAAUAAGGAUUAUGAUAAAAAUGUAAAAGCUAUAUUCAAUUAA